AUGCCACCAAGAGUAGACAGCGUAGCGCUACUCGAACGCACAAUGCAAAUGAUCAGGGAAACUCACAUCGACUGGGAUGAAGACCAAGUCCUGGAGCGCGCCUUCUCGCUAAUAAACAUCCAACCCAACACCAACCAAGCGGAGAAGAUCCCCAAGUCGGUGCUCAGCAUCAUAUCGCAAAUCGUCAAGCUCAACGAGAACAACUGGGCCAUCUGGGAGCCGAUGUUCAUGGACUGUAUCCGGCCGGUCAAGAACGCCAAGCGGAUCCUCACUGAGGAGAUUCCCAGGGGCCACACCGACUAUGAUGAGGAACUGGACAGCCACUUGCUGGGCCUCAUCCUAUCCUCCUGCGACCACGGACCCACCAGCCGCAUCGACACCUACACAGUGCGGGAGCAAGGUGAGGAGGAGCAACUCGGCUCUACACUCUACAGGAAACUCAAGGCCGCACUCACAAUAAACGACGAAGUUAAACUCUCCGCCAUCCACGACCGAGUACACGAAGUAAAACUAGCCCAGCGGAACAUUGUCAACCUCGGUAAGGAGCUCGACCAAAUCUGGAAUGACGCAGCCAGGCUCGGAAGCCGCAUGGACGAAAAGCUCAAGAAGUCUACUCUGUACCGCUGCGUCAAGGACGACUGGCUCUACACCCAGACAGUAGACUCCCUCAAAGCCGCUCAACCUGGUUGCAGCUACGAGUAUGCCUACCAUGCACUAGCCAAGAAGCACCAAGAAGCCGAGCUCUCAGGUCGUAUCCGAGCCACGGCCAGAGUUGCAAGCAACAGAAGUCCGGCAGGCCAAGCUGGCGAGCACAGGCAGGUCCUUAACCAAGAGGGCUACAACAGGGGCAGGCGUGACCCUGCGCACCCUAAUGAACCGGCCAAGUGCUACAAGUCCAGGAGCGAACCCCUACUCAGCAGGAAUAGGGACUCGGGUGCACCUCUUUCCACGUGGAUUCUCGACUCAGGAGCUACACAUCACAUGGUACGUGAUGGGGGUAAGCUCAUUGCUUCGACGCCGAAGCAAGGAUCCGUAGACACUGCUGGGCAUGAACGGUUGCGGGUACAGGCUAUAGGCGAUGCAACUUUGCGAGUAAGAGACGUCAAGAUACCGCUCACUGAUGUACUUCACGUCCCCAACCUUAGCAAGAACCUAUUGUCAAUCCCAGCGCUGACUGAAAAUGGUGCACGCGUGAUAUUUGAAGAGUCUGGAGCUACUAUCCUCCAACACGAUGGGAGCAUGGUCAAGAGCAAGACCAACCGGCGCAAGAAGAGAUGGGAGGUCUACAGUGACGCCCUAGCAGCACAGCUCAAUGAUCCCCUAGAGGGCAUUGAUGCCACCACAACACCAGCAAAGCCCGCAAGCCACACAACGAGCAAACUAUGGCAUGAACGAUUCGGUCACCCUGGCAGGAACAAGACCAAGCAAAUCCAGGCCCACUACUUAGGAAAAGAGACACAGCUUGGACAUGACGCAAGGGACUGCAACUGUUGCAGCCAAGCAAAGCAAACACGCGCAAGAAUGACAAGCAGCAAGACAGAGCGAGCCCAGGCACCUCUGGAGCUGGUACACAUUGACCUGAUGACGGACCUGAAAGGCCAUCCCAACUACCACCACGCAUUGAUAGUUGUAGAUGACUCGUCAUCUUACGUAUAUGUGAAACCACUCCUCAGCAAGGCCGAAGCGUUCCCUGCCCUAAAAGCAUGGAUCAAGACGGCAGAGAUAGCAACGGACCACACACUAAAGUGCAUCCGCAGCGACAACGGAACAGAGUGGUCCAGCUUUGGAGCAGAGGAAUGGAAACGAGAAGCAGGGUUCAGGUGGCAGAAAACCACACCAUACGUCAGCGCCCAGAACGGGAGAGCAGAGCGCAUGAUUAGAUCCCUUCAAGAAAAAAUGCGUGCAAUGCUGGUUCAGAGAUCGGUACCAAAGGAGCUGUGGCCCUACGCCAUCAUGGCCGCAGGGCACACACUGAACUUGACACCCUCCACCGAAGCAAAUAGGGUUCCAUACGAGGACUUCUAUCGCAAGUCUGCGCAUGGUUUGGCCAAGCAGCUGCGUGUCUUCGGUUGCCUCGCUUGGGUCCACCUCCCCAGGAAAGAUCACGCAGGAAAGCACGGCGUAAGAGCAAUCCCAGGAAUCAUGGUCGGAUACGAUGACGAGCACAAGGGAUGGAAAUUCUUCACCCCCGGCCACUCCCCAUCCAUACGGUGGAGCAACUCAGCCACAUUCCACGAAGCCAAAGGUUGGCAUGAUCGCCCCAGCGUGCAGAGCCCACUGCAGUUCGGGUUCGAGAGCCUCGAAGCAGAAGGCACUAGACCCGAGGCAGAUAGUGACAAGCCCGAACUGGAGGUGGAAGUACUCGACAUGGAGGAUCCACUCCCCGAGCCACACACUGCACCGCCCACCGACCCUACCGACGACAACAGGUCGGAGCUCGAUGUCGAAGAGAUGAUUGGAGAAGCACAUACAGCCGCCUUGAACCUCACGCCGACCUUAAAGGAAGCACUUGCCGGUGAUGAUGCGCAACAAUGGCAGGAAGCCAUACGCAAGGAGCUAGAUGGACUCGAGGCAAUGGGAACAUGGGAGAUAGUGGAUGUUCCACCAAACACUAGACUGGUCGACUCCAAAAUAGUCCUUCGGCUAAAAUUGGAUGCCGACGGCAUACCCGUCCGGCACAAAGCAAGACUCGUCGCACGGGGCUUCACACAGCGGGAGGGUAUUGACUUUGAAGAGACCUUCGCGCCUGUGGCACCACUCAGCGCAAUAAGAGCCCUGUUAUCCUUGGCAGUAGAGCGCAACUGGGAAGUCCAUCAGCUCGACAUCACAAUGGCUUACCUUAACUCCACGCUCAACCACGUGAUCUACAUGAAACCACCGGAAGGCGCCAAGGUGCCGACGGGGAAAGCCUACCGAGUCAUCAAGGGACUAUAUGGUCUUAAACAGUCGGGACGGGAGUGGAACAUGGAAUUUGAUAAGUUCCUGCGACGUUCAAACUUCCACAGGCUCGACUGCGCACCAUGCAUCUACACCAGAGGAGAAGGGGAUAACUUCGCAAUAGUGGUCAUCUAUGUCGAUGACACGUUAAUUAUAGCCCCAACCCUAGAAACAGUAAGGCGCAUCAAGGAGGAAAUAGGCCAAAAAUGGCGGAUGGAGGAUGGCGGCAACGUCUCCCACUUCCUCGGGAUCAAAAUCACCAGGAAUCGAGAAGCAAAAACCAUGGAUCUCGAGCAAACCAGCUAUGUCAAGCAGCUUCUGGAUGAACACCUGGACAAGCGCAGGAGGAAAUCUAGCGUCCCACUCCAAGAUAUCCCAGUCCCAGAGACGGCAGCAAGCAUGGCAGAGCGAAAGGAAUACCCACAGAUCGUUGGCAAACUUCUGUGGCUGUCAAAUGGAACACGUCCGGACAUCAGCCAAGCCGUCGGCGUGCUUGCACGCUACAUGACACAGCCGUCAAAGGAGCAUUACAACGCUGCACAAAAGGUACUCCAAUAUUUGGACCACACACGUGACACCCACUUGCAAUAUGGCAGCGACAAGCAACAAGAUUUCCUGACAGCGCACAGCGAUGCAAACUGGGCAAGCGAUGCCACAGCACAACGCAAGAGCUCAUCUGGCUCAGCGGUGUUCGUGUGCGGCAACCUGGUAGCAUGGAAGUCAGCUCUUCAGCGCUGCACCGCCCUAUCGGCAGUGGAAGCAGAAUUCGUAGCCGCGACAGAAGCCGCACGAGAGAUCCUGUUCUUCAAACACCUCUUCAAGACCGUAGGCAUUGACGUCGGUAUCCCCACAAUCUUUUCGGACAACACUGGCACUAUUCAGGUUAGCAAGGAUCCCGCGCAACACUGGAAGUUAAAGCACAUCGAUACCAAGUACCAUUUCAUCAGAGAUAACGUGCAAGACGGAAAGGUCAAGAUCAAGUACAUCAACACUGCAGACAACUUAGCAGACCUCUUUACCAAGCCGGUGGGAAAGACCACGUUACAGCGCGCGCGACAGGGAUUGGGACUGAAGGCCAAGCAUGAUGCAGUGGAUCGGCAGCCUCCUGCCUUACCACUGAGGGAGGCAGUUGAGGAAGUUGAAGCCGCACAAAGCGUGGAGACAGCAUGA